GAGAGAUAUAAUAUGAAUAUCAAUAGUGAUAAGUAUGAGUUGUUGGUCAAGUUCAACUUGAGAGGCAAAGACAUUGAGAAGUGGAGACUAAAGAGAAGUGGUCUAGUCCUCUACAAUGUAAAGGAUACCAGUCCAUUGGUUCAUGGCGAGUUCUUCUUGGCAACAGAGAUACAUAGACAUGAUGGAUGCCCACAUACAUUGGAGCAUCUGGUGUUUAUGGGUUCAGAGGACUAUCCUUAUAAAGGUUUCCUUGAUACUAUUGUAUCUAAAUGCUUUGCACAGGGUACUAAUGCAUGGACUGCAACAGAUCAUACUGCAUACACCCUGUCCACAGCGGGAUCAGAGGGAUUCCUGCAGGCAUUGCCCAUCUUCCUCGAUCACAUCCUCUAUCCAACACUCACGGACGAGUCCUACGUCACAGAGAUCCAUCACAUCGAUGGCAAAGGACAUGACUCUGGUGUAGUAUACUGUGAGAUGCAAGCCAGACAGCAUAAGCAAUUCUCUAUCGUGGACUUUGAACUCAGACAGAUGUUGUUCACCAAUGAUACUGGUUAUAAGAGUGAGACUGGUGGAUUGCUAGAGGAUAUACGCAAAUUGGACGUUGACACAAUCAGACAGUAUCACAAGGAUUAUUAUCGCCCGGAUAACAUGGGUAUAUUGGUCGUUGGCCAGGUGGAGACUGAACAAAUCUUUGCCACACUAGAUGCCUUUGAACAGAAGAUUAUGUCCAAGGGUACACUAACACCAAUGGUUCGUCCAUUCCAAGAGAAGCCAGUAUUCUUUGACAAGUCCAUCUCCAAAGACAUCACCUACGGCUCAGAAGACGAGACCAUCGGUGCAGUAUAUCUCUCAUUCAAAGGUAUCGAGCAAUCUGAGCACAAGUUGUCCGAUGCCCUCUCUGUACUCAUGAACACACUCACUCAUACAUCACAACAGACUACACUCAGCUUUGACAAGUCGAUCAAGGGCAUUGUAUCGGAGCCAGUUAUAAUGGACUUCUUGUAUGGCGAGGACAAGACUAAUCUGACAAAGAGCAUCAGUUUGGACAUUUUUGAUGAGUUGUUGGUAAAGGAUGAGGCAUUCUGGCUCAACCUGAUUAAACGAUUCUUUAUCGAUCAGCCUGUGAUUGAGAUCGUUGCCAUACCAUCCACUGCAGAGUCCAAGCGACUGACCGAGGUCGAGACCCUACGCACUGAGAAGCAGAUCCAAGAGCUUGGCGAAGAGAAGAUCAAACAACUUGGUGAACGUUUGAAACAAAGUCAAGAGGUCAACGAGAAGCCAAUCGACAAGGAAUUGUUUGAUGGAGAGGAAGUUAGCCAUGAGGAUAUGGACUUGAUAUAUUUGAAGACAUUCAUCACUUACUCUGCAACAGUCGGUAUGAAGCAAUCAAAGACUCCAUUCUCACAGUUGUGUGUUGCAAAGUUCAAGGUCACCCAGGACAACUACUUGGAUGCAGUCGGACUCGUCCGCUCAUUGAUUGGCGGUGACAUUAGAUUUGUAAACAGUCGCAUCAAGGUCAUUGCCCAACAGAUGUUUGAUGACAUCUCACCCCUGAGGAACGAGGGCCAGUACAUGGUGAGCGCCAUGACCAAGUUCAACCUCUACCACCACGACAAGUCCAACCAAUCAGUGCUCAACUUCCAGCGCCAGUAUAUCUUCCUCGAGGCCAUCCUCGCCAAGCUGGCGGCAGACCCCGACACCACCGAGUACGUCGACAAGCUCAACUCAAUCAGGGACUUUUUCAACAAUCCCUCCACGACCACCGUUCAUGUUGGCGCGGACCUCUACCAGCUGGACGACGUCAAACAGGUGUGGAUCGACAGCUUUGAUCAUUGGAAAGACACGGCAGUAGCGCGACCACCAAUGGUCAUUCAAGUGCUCUCGGACAAGGUCAACGAGAGGAAGGUGCACCAGAUGCUGCCACUGCCCGGUUCGACCAGUGGAUACUUCACCCGAACACAUCCAACAACAUUCCGAUACGACAGCAUGCUGUCCAAUGAGUUUGCCGCACUGUUGUUGGCCAUUCACUACUUUGAGCAGAUGGAGGGCCCGUUCUGGAAGGGUCUGCGCGGCGCCGGUCUGACCUACAACUACGACCUUUACAUUGAUCGUGAGUCUGGCAUUCUCACAUUCAGUUGUUCCAAGUCCUCCAGCCUUGAGAAGGCAUUCUCCGAGUCCAAACGUAUCGUUUGUGACGUGAUAUCCAGUGGCCAGUUGAAUCCAGCAUGGGUCCAAACCGCAGCCAGCUCAGUCCUAUUCGAGUUUGUCAAUGCUGAGAAGAAUGUCUUUAAGGCUAUCUAUCAGUCGUUGAUUAGUCAUGUGAUCAGGAAAUGGCCAUCGGAUGGAUAUAGAGUGCUGUUGGACAAGCUGUUCAAGAUUAGUGAGCAGGAGAUCAAGGACUCACUGAAGCACUUGAGCAUCCUAUUCGAUGACGACACAAGUAAUGUCGCUAUUGUGGCCGACACUGUCAAGGUUGAUGCAGUCAAGGGUCUGUUCAAGGAUGAUCGUCUGAACAUCAUAUCAGUAGAGUCACACUUUGUCUGA